GGUACACAGUGCACGUCAUACAUUAGGGGCGGGGCUUAAGAGAGCUCCCAAACAGUUAGACACAGGAGCCAGAGCGACGCACACGGCAAACACCGAGCGGGCUCCGGAGAACAAAGCGCAACUGAGAAUGUCUUUGGGUGACCAGCAGUGGUAUCCCACCAGCGUUCAGGUAACGGUGCUUAAAGCACGAAACCUGCGGAUCAAGGGCAAGAAUGGCACGAACGACGCCUAUGCCAUCAUGCAGGUGGGCAAGGACAAGUUUUCCACGUCGGUCGCGGAGAAAUGCGUGUCUCCCGAGUGGAAGGAAGAAGCGACGUUCGACCUGCCUCUGAUCCAUCAGGGGGACGCGGAGCGGGGCACGCUCUACAUCAUCGCCAUGCACCGAGCCCUGGUGGGGCUCGACAAGUUUUUGGGACAGGCUGUCAUCAACUUACUUGACCUCCACGCCAACAGAUCACGCAAAAAGACCGACUGGCACAAACUGGUGGAUAAGAAUGGGAAACAGGAGAAGGACCGAGGGGAAGUUCUUUUGGACAUUCAGUUCAUGAGGAAUAACCUGACAGCCAGCAUGUUUGACCUCUCCAUGACAGACAAGCCUCGCUCCGGCAUCGGCAAGCUCAAGGAUAAAAUUCGUGGCAAGAAAAAAGACGGCCUGUCGGAUUCUGCCUCUGCGAUCGUGCCCUCUUCAGUGGGAACAGACAGUGAAGAGGAAGGAGAAGGCAGUUCGGACAAUCCUAAGAAGAAAUCAAAACUCAAAUCCUUGUUUGGACCGAAGACAAACCUCCACAGGAAUGUGUCCCAGUCCAUGUCAACCCUGGGCACCCUGCCUGAGAAGAACAGUUCACUCACCAGCAGCAGAUCCUCCGGCCUUAAUGUGGACUCUCCUGAUGGGAAAAAGAAGUUUAAAAUACUCGGACACAAGCGCACUGAGAGCUCAGAUAGCAAAGUGUCUCUUGGCCCGUUUUCUCUUCUGAGCCGCUCUAAACAAAACAUCCAGGAUCCGAAUAAUCUCUGUAUCAACGGCAGCCACGUUUAUGCAGAGGAACAAGAACCUAAAGCUAAUUUAGGCUCCACACUCAGUCUGAACAGCUCAGGAAAGGGUUCGGUGGAGGAUGUUCGCAAAUCCCACCAACGAAAUAUUUCGGACCUCUCCAUCGACUCACUUAAAGGCUUUAGUAUCCCCUCAUAUAAGCCUGAAGUGCAAGACAAAGCCUCUCUUGAUAGGAGUCAUGUAGAGAUGGAGGAGAAGGGACGGAAACCUGAAGGAAGAAGCCUGCAAGAGAUGCUGAACCAACAAGUAGAUCAAGAGCAGAGGAGGCAGCAAGAACGAGAGAGAAAACAAGAGGAAGAGAGGAAAAGCAGGCUUGAAGAGCAGGAGAGGAAGCGCAAGGAAGAGGGAGAGCUGCAGAAGAAGCUGCGUGAGGAAGAGAUGCAGCGAGCUGAGGAGCAGAGGCACCAGGAGGAGAGCAGAGUAACCGAACGACUCUCCUCUCUCUUCGGCAUUGGAAAGAAGAAGGAGGAGAAGAGAGAGGAAGCUACGAAUGAACCCAAACGUCUAGAUGCGCCGUCCACCACAAACCCGUUUGAAGACAUUCCCCUGACCCCGGAUACUCCAUCCUCUAUCCCAGAAGAGAGGUCCACGGACUCACGGAGGGGUGUCAGGACCAUCCUCAGCCCGACACCAACCGCCAGUGCUUUCCCCAAUCGCAUCGCAAAAGUGUCCGCGGUCAAGCCAAGAUUGGCUCUGAGUGUACUGCCUGAAACCGAUAUUAGCCAUUCCCAAUCCCCCUCUGACUCUGUAGACACCCAGACCACUAUCCACGCUUCUCCACUUUCCCCAUCCCUCUCUUCUGAUCCGCUUGAGUCGUUUGGUAUGUUUUCUGAUCUUCAUUCUUCUCUGGCACCUGAUAAACCUCCGAGAACUUUCAGUGAGUUAAGUGAGUCCAGCAUGGAAAACCUCUCAGCUCCCAAAUCUGACAAGAAGCGUAUGGCUCCUCUACCCCCCGGUCAUCUUGGUGGCUCGUCUAAGACUGAAAGCCAUCCAGAACAAGCGCAUACCCAGAGCUCCAAAGAAAGUCAGAGGCCUGAUAUUCCUCUCCCGGACUAUGAAACCCUCUUUCCUAAGAAGAGGCAUGGGGUGAUGGGUCAGACACGUUGGGACCAUCUUAUUGCAGAGGUAAACCAGAGAAACUGGGACUUCUCUGAAGAAAUGAAUGUAGAUGGGCCUGAGAGGGCGAUGCCAAAAAAAUCUGUGAUCUUAAGGGACAGAGCCUCAGUGAACCUUAACCAGCACCAAAGAAAUCAUGAGGCACCUCCCCCUGCCCCCACGAGGCACAGAGAGUCACUCCUUCUACCCAAAGCUCCAGCUCCUGCGCCACCAGAACCUUCCGUCGAGACUAAUGUCCAACAUGGUCAUAUCAAAGAGUCUUUAUAUGCUACUGUCAAUAAGUCUGGAAAAUCUGCUAACAAGAAUAUGGAAAACAAUCCACCUCCCCCUGUUCGUAGUCGAUAUGUGCCUCAGGAGACCGAAAGGAAGUCUCAGACUCCUGAUGCCAUUACACAUCAACUCCCUCAGUCAAAAGAGAAGCCUACGCCAGCAGCCAGAUCCAUACAAAAUGUGAAUUCAAAGACUGAUGAUGUGGCUAGAGACAUGCCUUCGAUCAAACCCAGACAACAGUCAUUAGUCAAGGACCCAGUCAGACAAGUUCAACCAGACAAGCAGGUUACAACUAAAGACAUGACAUUAGAAAACAACAUAGAUGAGAAACCACACAGGGGCCAAAAGGGAAACAUUUCCACAGAUGGGUUUGUUGAAGUAGACCUCCUCAAAACUGCUGAAAAUCAAAAGCAACUGGUGAAACUGGCUAAUGAACCUGAGGGGAAGGGAAUGAUCGCUCUUGAUCCAUUCCCAAGUGAUAACCUACUAUCUAAAGAUCCCUGGGCUUUACCAGAGCAGACCACCACUGAAGAUGUCCUGUUCACUAAGGGUCCAAAGCAAAUGAGAAAUCCUGAAGAUCGGAAAUCAACCUUUGAUAAAAACGAUAGCAAGUCUGCAAACAAAGCUACAUAUGAUCCAUCCAAAAGCACAGCACCGAAAUCAGAGAAUGGAAAACAAUCCCCCAGCUUCACCGAACAAGCCAGAGCCACAUUUCAAAGAAGUUUUUCACUUAAGAAGAAAAAUUCAUCUCGCCAAUACACAACUGAAAAAGCUGGUACAGAGAAUACUAGUCUGAAUAGAUCAGUUUCUCAGACUUCACAAGAUGCCGAAGAUGUUGAGCUGACUGUAACCAGUGUUGCUCCACCAAUCAGAACUGAUCCCACCCUAGUAACAUCUGAAUCCCCUAUGGGGGGCAAGAGUACUCUUCGUGCUUGGGUCUCGCCAUCAGAGGCUCAGCCAGUUGCGCUGCAGAAUGCUAGUGGAAGUGCAGUUUCUAAUUCAAGAAGGCCUCACCCGGUGAAACCCAUGAGCACUGAGAGCCAGUCUUACAGUGUGAUUGUCGGCAAAGACCCAAAGACUAUCACCAUCAAGGAAAUGGCUGGGAAGUCAAAGAAUGUAGAUAGCGGUGCGUACACUCAGCUCACACAGGAGGAACUGAUCACACUGGUGGUGAAGCAACAGACCGAACUCUCCAAGAAAGACGCCAAGAUCCUGGAGUUGGAGGAAUACAUUGACAACCUGCUCGUUCGUGUCAUAGAGGAGAAACCGGCCAUCCUGCUUUCACUUAAUUCCAAAUGUUAGGGUUCGAUCCUAUCAUUUGAUGUAACCGUGACCAAAUCUCAACAGUGAGACAGUUUAAUUUUGUGGGAUUUGGCUGAUACAGCCAGAAGGAUUUCUCAUAAUCAGUUUAGUUGCUUGAGUAUUUCAUGAAUGUAGAGUAACUGGCAUAAGCGCAUUCUGAUUUCACCACUAAUAUCUUAAAAAUAACUUAUUUUUACAGUGUACAGUAUAGUAUAUCAAAUCCAGCAGGAGAAUGGCAGAAUUCUGCAGUCUGUCAGAUCAUCCUUUAAUAACUGGAUGCUGGGGUUUUGUUUCGUUGGAUCAUGGUACGAGCUCCUCCUGAAAUGCUUCCCAACAACAAAUGCAUUCAUUUUGGUUUUGGAACGUUUUCUAUGCAUCUUUCCAUUUGAGAAGGGGCUUCUUAAUGCUUUAAAUCUUACAGUAAAUAAGCUUGUAUCUGCAGAUUUUCUUGACUGCAGUCUUGAGUCUUGAUCAGAAUACUUCGUUAGUGUUGAUGCGGCCUUAUGUCUGUUGGGUCUCAAAUUAAGGUAAUAAUCCUCUGGCUAUUUACAAAUGAAGACAAUAAGCACUUUUUACUUGAACGGGGUGUUUAAUUUAUGAAGGAUAGUGUUUUUAUAUUAACCAAUUCUGUAAAAUACCAUGUAGAAUUACCUCUGUAGAAAAGCCUUAAUGAAGAAUCGUUUUUCCUGCCUGUAUGUACACUUCUGCUCAUGAAACGCUUCUGUUCUAACACUUCUUCUGAUAAUUCAUUUUAUAGCCCUGGUCAAUAUUGACUGUAUAUUUGCAUUUUUUUUAGUUGAUCUGGCAGUCAGCUGUUGAAUUGCUGCAUGUUUUCUGCUACAUGUCAAACUGCAUGUUUGUAAUGAAUUUGACCAGGGAUUAUUAAGCAUCCCUUGAAGACUUGAUCUCAAACUCUUGAUCAGCUAUGUACACACUGUGACUGCAGUUCGGUAAUGAACAAGCAAUAACUGCGUCUGCAGGAUUUUCUUUCCCGAAUUUCAGGUAAUGUGACACUUUCAUCAAAUCAGGAUCUUCUGCAACGGAUCCUGUAGCCUGUAGACGUCACUGUCUGCACAGUGUUGCUGAGAUCUUGUCUCCAGUGAAACCAAAGAUCUGUGAUGUAAAUCUGAAGACUUACCUUACAGUACUCAAGUUCUGCUUCAGUCCCUUUUCCAUUUUUUUACUACUACUUCUUAUGUUUUAACCCUGUGGGGAGAGAACUGUCCCUCCCACAAGGAUGGAGAAAAGAACUUGUAAAAUCUUGUAUUUAUUUAUUUGUCAUUUAAUCUUAAGUUGAUUCAGUUGUCUGUGUUGUAGUUCUGUAUUCAGUCAUGAGAUCCUUCAUAAGUAAGAGCAUGUUCAUUCAAGUGUUCUCAAUCAGUUUGAGUUCACUGAAAUGUUCACUGUUACCAGAUUCUGCACACUCAGAUCCUUUGUCUGAAUUUAUAUGAGAAGCCUUAUUAAUUAUUGCUGAUGCUGUGGAUAUAUGCACAAGAUCUUUUUUUAAAGACCUGUGCCUUCUCUUUAUAUUCAAGAUUCUGUGUCUUUAAGACGUGGAUAUAUUGGUUUGUUCCUUUACUUCAAUACUUGUCAGAAAUGUAAUUUUGAUUAUGCCUUAAUACAUUGAAUAAAUCUUAGCUAAACCUAUAAA